AUGUCUCAUUCCCGGGCGAUCCCCUCACUGAUCGAUGCACCUGUCAUCUACAAUGACUACACUGCUAAGCAGCCUCACGUCAGUCGCAAACAGACUCACUUAAUUAAAACCUGCUCCUGCUAUCUCUUGAAGACCAAGCGCAAGAUGCCUACUAUUAUUGCCAUCACGCGUGAAUCGGCGCGUAGAACCAACCGAACGCGCCUGGCUGACUACCCGGCUGGCAAGAAUCUCAUCUGGCACUGGAACGGCGAGGACAAGUGGGAGGCAGUCCCACAGUACAACCAGGACAAGAAACAAGAACAGGUUGGAUCAUACAUUGCGGUCAAGCAGGAUGAGGCAGAGAAGGAGGAGUACGCGCAGAUGGAGACUUAG